CACCAACAACCACAUUCGCUUUCAAUUCCAACCGAGCGCGCAUACACCACUAUACCGAUCGCACCAACUCGCAUACGCAUAGAAGAUAGACAUGCUGCUCUAUCACUCCCUGGCAGUGGGCGUGGGCCUGGUAGCGUCGAGUCGGGCGAUAGGAGGAGCCACAGAUCUCACAGGCACAUGGAGCACAAAGUCGAAUAAGACCUUGACCGGACCAGGCUUCUACGACCCGCUCAACGACAAAUUCAUCGAACCCGAACGAACAGGAAUCUCAUACUCCUUCACAGCAGACGGAUACUUCGAAGAAGCCUACUACCGCGCUAUCGCAAACCCAACAAACCCGAAAUGUCCUUCAGCGAUCAUGCAGUGGCAGCACGGGACAUGGACAUACAACGCCAACGGUAGUAUCACAACGGAACCGAUUGCAGUGGAUGGGAGGCAAUUACUGAGUAAACCGUGCGAUUACGACAAAGCGAUUUACACGCGAUACAAUCAAAGCGAGUUGUUCAGGAACUACGAAGUCGUCACAGAUGCUUACCACAAAAUCCCACGACUGAACCUUUUCGAAUUCGACGGCACGCCGAUGCAGCCACUAUACCUCGUCAAGUCACCGCCUGAGAUGCUCCCCACCACGACGCUGAAUCCCACAAACACCGGCAUCGCAGCAGCAGGCUCGACGCCUACCUCGAAAGCCAAGGUCAAGCGUGGGCUGGACUAUCCCGAAGUCCCUCUGAACUGGAAAGCUAAGUACGAGCAAGGAAUGAUCGGAGGUAGCGACAUGGUGCAGAGGAUAAAUGCCGACCGAUUAUGGUGGAUUGGAUUGACAUUCACGGGAAUUGGUGGACUACUAUACUUUGGACCGAGAAGGUUGGGAUUGAGAUUGUGAAAAGGAGCGCGCAUCACAUCGCAUCGCAUCUGCAUCAAAAUCGACAGGAAGACGGAACGAACAGACGUUUAAUAGAUGAGACUUUUUAUACAGCAUUUAGGGCCUGUGCCAUGCAUGACGAAAGGAGUUUUCAAGGCGCCGAAUGGAAUCAACCAAACAGGAGAAGAGAUUGGGGGUAACGGAGUUUCGAGCAAGAGCUGCAUAUACUUUUCUUGGUCAGGUCAGGUCUGAGAUGAUAUAAUACAAGCAUGCAUGCUCAACGAGCAAAUCCAGAAGAGAAAAAGACAUCCACCCGCAAGAAUCAAAAAUCAAAAAAAAAUC